UUUAGGGAUAUUUCACGAAAUGGCAAAAUAUCUUGAAAAUAGUUUUAAAUUUAACGUUUUUAUUUUUUUAAUUUUAUAUUUUAUUACAAAGUUUCGUAUCUGUAGCACGUGUUUGCAAAUUGUAAUUGAUUAUUUUUAUACAAAGAUGGAUAAAAGUAUUGCAAAUGGAAAUUGUGAAAAGGAAUGCACUAAGCAGGAAGAGAGUGAUUUCGAUGACAUCGGAGAAUACUAUUUUGAGUCCGAUCAUCUUGCUCUUAAAGGAAAUCCCGAUUAUCAUAAUAUGCUAAAGACUGUUGCAAUUCUCGAGGCUCAACGAAUGCAAGUCAUUCAGGAUUUAGAUAAAUUGCUAGAAAGUCAAAAGCAAGCAUUAGACAGUCCAAUUGCAUUUGUUAAGAAAUUGCAGAAAAAAGAAAAUUUAAAUUUUCCUCAUCCGCUUCGAAUUGCAGAACUUCCAGAAAUUAAUUGGAAUCAGUACAGUCUCACGGGUGGACAGUUCACGUCGGAGAAGAGGCAGAUGACUCGUCAAUCAUUAAAGAACAUACCAGAUUCUAAGAAUUCUUAUGAAGAUACAAAGGCAGGUUUUGGUGAAAAUUCUGAAGUCUUGGUACGUGGAAGACCGUUUGAUAAAUCCAAACCAAGUAGUUUCAAUCAACUGUGGACGGCUGAAGAACAGAAACGUUUAGAGGAGCUCCUGAUACAGUAUCCUCCCGAGGAAGUAGAGUCUAGAAGAUGGAUGAAAAUAGCUGCCGCUCUUGGAAACAGAACUCCGACUCAGGUUGCCAGUCGAGUGCAAAAAUAUUUUAUAAAAUUAGCAAAAGCGGGACUGCCCAUCCCGGGCAGAAUGCCAAGUAGACACAAUGUUAAUCGUAAGGUUUCUUCGCGGAGAAAUGUUUUAAGUCGCUACUAUUUGCAGCAACCUUCUACAUUUUUCGCUUCUCACAUACCUCCUGUGUAUAUGAAUGAAGCCGAUGACGAAUACAGUAACAACACUCACUCUCUCUCUAGUAGUGUGGACGGAGACAUGUCUAACGAUAAAUUUGAUUUUGCUUCUGAUGAUGAUGGAAUCUCUCAAGAAAUGAAAGACACACCAGAAUAUCAGGAACUUCUUUAUUUAAAGAAAUUAAGGGAAAAGAAGCUUCAUGAUCAUGGGCUCGCUCAGCACGUUGGAUACAGCUGUAAUCGAUGUAAUGUGGCCCCAAUUAUCGGAACCAGAUGGCACUGUGUAGAAUGUCCCGCAAAGGAGUCUGUAGACUUUUGCAGUGACUGCGUAGACUGUAUGCACGAAUGCAAUUUCCACACGUCAGAUCACAAAUUGGAGCCGAUAACCCAGGCACAGAGUCAAAACAGAUGUCUGGAUCGAGACUACAUGCAUUUCCUUGGAGGCGGCGAUUAUAAUUAUCUGGAUCCCAACUACAUGCCGGCAUCUUGACUAAAUUAAGUAUACAAGUUUUAAAUUAUUUAAAUUAAAGCAUUGCCAACAAUGAGUGUCGUGAAUGGAAUCUUUGACUUAUGUGCCAUUUAACAAACUUCAUUGUGUUCAUUUUGACAUGUAAAUAAAUUUUUACUUUUUGUGUAGUAAGUGCAAAAAUAAAACUUCCAUAAUUUAAUGCUUGUGAUUUUGCAGUCAUAAAAAUUAAUGUGCACAUGCAGCAUAUUUUUGAUUCUUUCCAUAGAUUUAGAAUACUUACAUAAGGUGAUAUUCACAUUUAAAAUUGUGAAGUAAAACAUUCCAAUACACUUUAGAGAAUGGUCCGAUAACUGAGAUAGUAAAGGUUCCUACCACCAAGAGUUUAAGUAUGAGUCGACUCAAACAUACUGGGACCCUCAUCAUCCAGUUGUUGUCGUCGUGGUCCUGCCACAUCCACAAAUGGUAUAGAAAAAAUACUGUCUUAGAGUCAACCAAUUUUGAUAGAGUUAAAAUUGUCAUAAAAUUGUCAUGUUGGUUUAAAUAAUUCAUCAACCACUCAUUAUCUGAAAACUGGACCAGAUUUAAAUCCUUAUUUUUGCUUAAAUCUGUUAUUAUUGCUACUGGACAACUUAUCGGUAGCAUAUAAUUUAAAUGCCAUGCAGCUUCCACAAUCAAAAGUCUCAUCAAUUUGGGAAGGAAAUCCAACCAAAAUUUAAUUUUAUCCCAGUCUGUUUUGUUGACGCACUGCUCACAAUAUUCGUUUGACAAGUUAGUUUGUAACAGAAAAACUGCAGUUCUAUUCUCUUCUUGAGUAAUUCCCAAUAAUUCAAAUAAUGUUUUUCCAAUUCUGAAAGAUUUCCAGAAUGUUUCCAGUGUUAUAAAACUCAAGUUAAACUGUUAUCCAAAUACAAUUUAAUAAAUUACAGGAAGAUAAAUGCCUUCCGACUAAUAUAACUGUAAUGGUUAGAAGUCUAUCUGAGAAUACACGACUCCUUGUUUAUCAUCAGUUCUAUUAUUAAAAAAUUUUUUAAAUAAUUAUACUGUGUAAGUUUCAGAAUAUCAAAUUAGAUGAGUAUGGCAAAUGAUAUAAAGCCAUUUUGUACAGAUGUGUAACAUCAUUAUAUCUGGGAAGUGUGGCAGGAUGGAAUCAUUUGUGGAUACCACCUGUUAAGGAAUGGCUUCCAAAUGUUGCUAAUAAUUAGACCAUCAUUUAAGUUCAUUUUAUUUUAGUAAUUUCCAAAUGUUCAAAUAAUUUCCUUUUUAUAAUAUUUUUUUCUAUCCUGCGUAUUUUUAGAUUAUUGAGUGAAAUCUUGCAACCUUCACUGUUGUGCUAUACAUGAUAUUGGUAAAAAUGAUUGUAUUUGUUAUCUGUAUUUUACCAAACUAUUUUCAAGUGGUUUUAGCCUGCAUAUCUUGUCAUGUCAACUGAUAAAAAUAUUCUGGAACAAUCAGAAUUGUUACAAUUGGCAAUUUGCCUAGUUUUGGACCUCAACUGCUUCAAUUUAAAAUGU